AGUCACAUGAUCACAUCUCGUCUCCACUGUGCUGUUUCUACUUUCUCCCGGCCGUGAGUGAGUUUGUGUUUUGUUUUUGUUUUGUUUUGCAUUUAACAUUUAAAAUAAUCCUCUUUAAACGUGACCCAGCGGAGAAUAGAUACACUUUAAUGAACCCGGACGUUAAGAAACAGCUGCAGAGCAUCACCUGACACGGCUGACGCCACAGAUGUUUGUGAAUGUGAGAAUGGACCUCCCUUACAAUCAGCUGAUGAAUGUGGAGCAGAGAAGACAAGACAACAGGAGAGCACUGCUGUACUCCAGGUGUCUGUUAUCACUGGCUACUUUAGCUACUAUGCUGCUGACCGCCAUGGCAGUCUACAACCUCCUGACCCCGAGGGUUGUCUCGUCCCACCGUGCUCCGAGCGGCAGCCUCCAUCUGCCUAAGGGCGAACCCUGCUCCGACCCCUGCAAGUUUGUUUUGCUGGAGAGCAUCCCUGAAGGGCUGGAGUUCAACUCCAGCACCACUCACCCCUCCAUCUUCCAGGCCUGGCUCAAUCUGAUGGACGAGGCUCGCAGCAGCGUCGACAUCGCCUCCUUCUACUGGACGCUCACCAACAAAGACACCGGGACCCAGGAGCCGACAGCUUAUCAGGGAGAGACCAUCCUGAAAAAGCUCGCUGAGCUCUCAGGGAAGUUGUCUGUUCGUAUCGCAGUCAACACGCCACAGCAUCGUCAACCUCAGUAUGACCUACAGCUGCUCAAUAACUCAGGAGCCGACAUCAGGACGGUUAAUAUGAGAGAACUGACCACAGGCGUCCUUCACACCAAGUUCUGGGUGGUGGACAAGAAGCACAUUUACAUCGGCAGUGCCAACAUGGACUGGAGGUCCCUCACACAGGUGAAGGAGCUGGGUGCAGUGGUCUACAACUGCAGCUGUCUGGCUGCAGACUUGGGUAAGAUCUUUGAAGCCUACUGGUUUCUAGGUGAGAGUAAGUCCAUCCCAUCACCGUGGCCCAACAGAUUCUCUACCCUCUACAACAAGGACACGCCUCUCCAGCUGCCACUCAACAACACGCCAGCCAGCGUUUACCUGUCGAGUUCCCCUCCGUCCUUCUGUGCAGCUGGUCGAACUCCAGACCUUCAGUCCAUCCUCAGUGUGAUGGAGGACGCUCAGAGCUUCGUCUACAUCGCAGUCAUGAACUACCUGCCCACCAUGGAGUUUUCACAACCUAAAAGGUACUGGGCAGACAUCGACACCCAGCUGAGGAGAAUUGCAUAUGAGAAGCGUGUUAAAGUUCGCCUGCUCAUCAGCUGUUGGGCGAGCACUCAGCCUGUCAUGUUCUCCUUCCUCAAGUCUCUGGCCUCAGUGUAUGAACCCAAGAGCAAACUGGACAUCCAGGUGAGGCUGUUUGUGGUGCCUGCCAGCGCAGAGCAGAAGGAGAUUCCCUACGCCAGAGUCAACCACAACAAGUACAUGGUCACUGACAAGAUAGCUUAUAUAGGUACAUCUAACUGGUCAGGUGACUACUUUGUGAGCACCGCAGGCUCAGCGUUGGUCGUCAACCAGACGGCAUCACAGUCUGUGGAGCCUACCAUCCAAUCACAGCUGAAGGCUGUUUUUGAGCGGGACUGGAGCUCCGACUACACCACUCCUCUCACCCAACACUCAAACCUCAAAGUUAUCUGUUAGUUACUACAAACUGUAAAAAUGUUACAACGCUGUAGCUGCACAAUCAUAAUGUUCACGUCUUGCCAUCCAAUAGCAUUUACUCAAAUAUCUAAAUAUGUACAAAGGAAACCCCUGGAUGAAAACACUUGAUUGUUACAUUAACUUGGCACAAAAUACAGUUAAAGCUGGAAACACAUUGUUUGGUUUGACCGUAGGUGUGAAUGUGAAUGGUUGUUUGUCUCUCUGUGGCCCUGUGAUGGACUGGCGACCUGUCCAGGGUGUACCCCGCAUUUCGCUCUAUAUCAGCUGGGAUUGGCACCAGCAACCCCUGCGACCCUCAUGUGGAGGAUAAAGUGGUAGAAGAUGAGUGUGUGAGUGAAUAAAUGUUUGACCCACCACUCAUUACUCAGACACUUGGCAGAGGAGUUUGGUUCAAUGGGAGCUUUAAUGGAGGUAUAUGACCCUUAAAAAUGGAAAAUUCAAAAUGGCUGUAGGACGUGUUGCACCGUUACAGCCACACAAGCCAUCUGCCAAAGCCCCCAUGAUGGGCCAUGGCGUUACAUAAGAAGUAUUCACCUCGAUAAUGUGCUUUAAGUAUUUGAUGGGAAAAAGGACACGAUUUUCUCGAAUCAUCACAAAUGAGUUUGAUGGGAAACUAUUGCUAGCUAUUGAAGUUGACCUAGCAUUCAGACUACAUGAGUGUGUAAUAAACCAGAUUUAUUUGUUAAUUUACUGUGCAAUAACUUCAGAUGAACACCAACACAUGUCCCACUUUUGUAACAUGUCACCAGCAGAGAUAAAGAAGGAAAGUCACCUUUAAAACAAAAACCCUUUAGGUGUCACUAAUCCAUCAUCAAGGUCACUGACAGCUCAGGUUAUUGGUCAUUUCCUUUUGUUAAAGAUCUGUUAUGAGCUUUUUCUUAUGUGGAAAUCCAACCUCUAUGGUUUUUGUUUUUUUUAAUCCGACCUCAUCUCAGGGAGUAAAUAUUGUGUGUUUUCUGACUGGAUCUUUUAAAUUAGCUGGAAUCAGUGGUGUGCUGUGAAUAAGCUUUUUUUUCUUUCUAUUUUUUUUUAAAUACUCAAGUCUUCAGAAAUGUUUCAGUUUUAUUCCAUUCAUCAACCAAUUUGAAUUUCCACUGUGUGGAGUGAUGUUAAAAUUAUAAGUAAAGAGAUGGUUGUUAUCUCCUUAUGAAUAAAUUACUCUGAUUUUUGAUUCCUCAAA